GUUUGCUUCUGGUGGCGCUCCUCUCUCGGGGCCGCCAUGGGCUUCGCCGUGGCGGGGCAUCGCCUGAGCUGUUAGAGCUCGUGGAGGGCUGCUUCCUACAGGGCGUCUUCUACGCGGAGCCUCACAUGAUGCCGGGCACCGAGCGCAGUAAGAUGCUCAGCGCCGUUGAGUGCCAACGGCGCUGUGCCAAUGUCGAGGGUUGCCGACAUUUCACCUACUGGCCCGAUGGUGGAUGUCUCCUGACAGAUGCCACGUCAAAGCCCCACGCAGCACCCUAUGAGUUCUCAGAGACCAUCGUGGGACCUCCCAGCUGUCAUCCUGCGCUGCAGGUGGCCAAGCUGCCGGCAGACACCGCAGCCCAGCAGAGCGUUCCGGCCGCCGUGGUUCCCGGUUUGAACGGCACCCGCUGCGAGAACUACCCCGCCUGCAGGGCCGUGGGUCUGGAAGGCCAUUGCUGCCCCAACCGGGAGCAGAUCUCUUUGGGCUGUUGUGAGGGCUUCCCCUUGACGAAGCCCAUCUCGGUGUGACCUCGGGUGCCACAGCGUAGCAGUUAUGGCCGUCCUGUUGGGCAGUGUGAAUCUGUUUUUGUUGUUUUAAUUGUUU